AUACGUAAGAUAAGCGUAAGUAAAGCCACAAUUGAAAAGCUGUCAGUGUAUCUUGAAUAAAAAUGACUACGAACAAAGUUACGACUAAUGAAAAACCUCUUGGUGUGGAAUUUAUAAUCGCUGGUCUAGCGGGCAUCGGCACAGGUCUACUGACAAAUCCGGCAGAUGUAUUAAAAACACGUCUUCAGCUGCAAGGUGAACUCGAGGCACCAAGUAACUAUCGCAAGACCUAUAAUGGGACUAUCCAUGCCGUCCGUACCAUUGUUCGAAACGAAGGUCUCAUGGCUCUUCAGGCUGGACUGGCACCAGUUUUGGGUCUGCAAAUCAUCAUCAAUGGAGUCAGAUUAGGCUCGUAUCACUUUGCCAAGCGCUGUGGACUGACUGUUAAUGAAGCUGGAGAUACGAAUGUGUUGAGAACUGCAGCAUUAUCAGGUGUUGCUGGGUCUACCGCCGUUAUCAUAGGCAGUCCACUUUAUUUGGCCAAAGUGAGACUGCAAGCUCACGUACACGAAAAAAGCUUGCAAGCUUUCAAUGCCCGAACGAUCAUAAAGUCGCUGUGGCAGGAGGGUGGCUUCCAAAGCUUAUACACAGGAUGGAACGCCAAUGUGCCAAGGCUCUUCGUCGGCUCCGCCGUACAAUUAACGACUUUUGGCUUGAUUACUGAUUGGCUCAAAACAAUCGAGGACUUCUCAAGACGACCAAUACUCGCGACUUUUGUAGCUUCGGUUAUCAGCGGCAUUUUUCUCGUCGCAACCAUCCACCCCUUCGAUGUCAUGGCUACUAGAAUUUAUAAUCAGAAGACUAAUAGUCGAGGACAAGGUGCUCUAUACAAUGGAAUGUUAGAUGCACUAUCUAAGAUCUUUCGGACCGAAGGUUUUUCAGGACUAUACAAGGGGGUGAUUCCGAAUUAUUUGAGAUUAGCGCCUUACGUCGUCAUCACUCAAGUCAUCUAUGAGAAGAUCGCACUGGUCUACACGAGUUUCGAUAAUGAGGAUAGAAUUGGUGAAGAGAUGGCCAACAGUAAACCAAAUGCUGUACCAACCAGUGAAAAACCGCCAGGUGUCGAGUUUGCAAUAGGUGCCUUAGCGGCUGUCGGAGCAGGAUUUUUCACAAAUCCAAUCGACGUCGUCAAAAUUCGCCUACAACUACAAGGUGAACUGGAGGCCCGAGGUUCUUAUCAAAAAAUCUACCGCAACACUUUCCACGCAGCAUAUCAGAUAGCCCGUCACGAGGGUAUUUUUGCUCUUCAGUCAGGAAUUGUUACGGCUCUAGGUUUCCAGGUAGUAUUGAAUGGUACACGAUUGGGUUCUUACAACCUGGCCAAGAGGUACGGAUUAACUCUCAAUGCGAAUGGCGAGACGAAUGUCGUGAAGACGGUUCUGGUAUCUGGAAUUGCCGGAUCUGUUGGUGCUAUUAUUGGGAGUCCGUUGUACUUGGUGAAGACGCAGCUGCAAUCGCAAUCAGCGCGAAGCAUAGCCGUGGGUCACCAGCACAACCAUACCGGCACCUGGUCAGCUUUCAAAUCACUCUGGAAUGAGGAUGGAGUUCGAGGUUUAUAUCGUGGUUGGUACGCCAACAUCCCUCGAGUCUUUGUAGGCUCGGCUACUCAGCUUACCGCCUUCGGACUUUUUGCCGACUGGCUUAGGCCUAUGGAGGUGUUCAAAGACAAGCCGAUAUUCAUGACUUUCGUGGCAUCUCUUCUUGGCGGCAGCUGCGUUGCUUUCACCAUGCAGCCUUUCGACGUCGUUGCCACCCGUUUGUACAAUCAAGGUAUAGAUGCUAAAGGCAAAGGAGUUCUCUACAACGGGCUAUUCGACGCUCUUUACAAGAUAUUCAGAACCGAGGGUGUCUUCGGAUUGUACAAAGGCGUCUUCCCAACUUGGCUAAGAAUAGCACCGCACACAGUGCUAUGUUUGGUAUUUUACGAGAAGAUCGCAAGGUUCUAUGGGGAGUUGGAAAAAUGAAAACUUUUCUUUUAGAUCACAGGUGCCUAACAUAAUCUCAGAUGAUUCUAGACGCAAUUAAUUUUAAUUUAUUUGCGACGAUGCAUUGUGCAGAAACAGUGUAAAACAUCAAUAACUCGAUUGAUCUUGUGCAAUACGGCCUGCGGCAGUCCGCAAAUAAUGCUAAUGGCCCAAAGCUCGAGUGUCAAUGACCAGACAAGACCAUAUCCCAAUGCAUGAUUGCAAAUGUGAAAACAUUCGGCAUCGAAAUUUUCUCUGUGAGAAAGCCAAGUCUAGAUAAAUAUAGAGUUGUAGUGUAUUCGUUGGUAUGAAUGCGUUCAAUAUGUUGCCUUGAGAAAUAGAAAAACAGGACGUACCAUUCCUCACGUUUGUAUGUAUGUUUUUUGAGCGUGUAAAGAUAAAUUGUUGCUUUUAUUUAAUGUUGACUUUUAAAAGAAUUUUUGAAUAAACGAUUAACGAAAAGUAGAAAUUUAGAAAGAAAUCAUUUAGGCAGAGUUGUUGCCUCUUCAAUUGAUUACCGGGCUCAUAAUUUUAACGAAAAGUUUGUAUUUUCCGCGCUCAAGCACUCUCUUGCAAAGACCUUUAUACCGCAGUUCACCUUACGUAACCUACGUCAAAAGCUGUAAGCAGACCAAGUGAUCAGCUGUUCGACAGUGCAGCUUGCAGCAGAUGUAAAUGUCGAAGUCCGGAGAAGUAAUCAAAAUAAAGUCGACAAAAUGACAUAACGAUAAAUCAUGACAGAGUCAGAACGAGGCGCACUACUUUUUGCAAGCUCAAAUUCAAAAUAUAAGAUACUUUUCGAAGAAUGGAGUUCGCAAUUGGCGCGGGUGCCGCGGUAUGCGCGGGCUUUUUCACCAACCCGAUCGACGUAAUCAAGAUCCGCCUACAACUACAGGGCGAACUUGAGGCUCGAGGUUCCUACAAAAGGAUCUACCGCAACACCUUUCACGCUGCCUACAUAAUCGCUCGUCACGAAGGUAUCUUCGCCUUGCAAUCGGGUCUAGUGCCGGCACUUGGCUUUCAAAUGGUACUCAACGGUAUCAGGCUUGGCUGUUACAACCUCGCUAAAAGGUAUGAGUUCACGGUGAAUGAUGCCGGCCAGGUCGACAUUCUGAGAAGCCUGCUUGUGUCCGGAGGCGCUGGUUGUGUGGGCUCCGCUCUAGCCAGUCCUCUUUACUUGGUAAUUCUACUGUAAUGCGACACAAGUGAAAACGCAACUGCAAUCACAGGCAUCGGGCAGUAUAGCGGUCGGUACGCAACAUCAUCAUAGUGGCACGUGGUCAGCUUUACGCUCUCUGUGGCGGGAAGGACGUUUUCGAGGAUUGUACAGAGGUUGGCAUGUUGGUGUGCCCAGGAUCAGCAUCGGUUCGUCGACUCAGUUGACGACUUACAGUGUCGUUGCUGAUUGGCUUAAACCGAUACAGAUAUUCGAUAACAGGCCACUGUGGCUGACUUUUGUAGCAUCGCUAGCCGGUGGUACUUGCGUAGCUGUGACAAUGCAACCGUUUGACGUCGUCGCUACGAGAGUGUACAAUCAAAAAACCGAUGCAUCCGGCAGAGGUGUUCUUUAUGGAGGAUUGUUCGACGCCUUUUUCAAGAUUCUAAAGACCGAGGGCAUCACAGGCUUGUAUAAAGGAGUGUUUCCAACCUGGCUAAGAAUAGCUCCGCACACGGUCCUUUGUCUCGUUUUCUACGAGAAGUUCGACCAGUAUUACGGUGAAAAUUUUAGGUAGAACAAUGAAUUAAUUAAAGAGAUAACAAAUAUGAGACACUUUAUCGUACAAACACCAUACUUUUAAUUAAGCGCGUAGAAUAUACGACACUUUUUCCUUUAAUAAAUAUACAUAUAAAAGUCACAAUAUACUCGCGAUGUUCUUAUUUCUCAAAAUAAUUCAAACAUCAUUGAAGCGAGGCUUUACAAGAUUCUUUUUUAUCACGACAUGCUACGAUUUGUAAAAAUGGCAAAGAACAUGUAAUCCUUUGCGCGCGGAACUUCUUUUUAUACAGUUUAAGGCAUUCAAAUCUUUUAUAACAAAGAUAAUAUACAAAUUACAAAAAAAGAAAGGUACAAUGACACGUCCUUUCAAGUCUGUACGGCUGACGGAAGUAUUACAAGGUAAAUUUGAAUACUUAUAUCAUUAUACUGUUCAUCGAAUAGUUUUUACAUCGUGCACAAAUUCUUGUCAUGGCUUACCAGGAAUUUUAUCUAGGAAUAAAUUGUUCGUUCGUGUUGUUUAAGUGACGUUUAUGCCGGAAGUAAUUUCGUUAGGCCGAGAACGUAAUCCUUGAGUUAUCGAUGCCGCUACUUCAAUUGUUGUUUUACCCCGUGUUUCUGGCAAAUAUUUUCUGAAAUAAAGAUAUUCAUUGUCAACAA